AUGUUUAUUAGCGGUAUAUCAAUUAGAUAUGCUAAAAAUGCAAUUAAAUCAAUUGGCACCUUAUGUUGUGUUUCCUUUAUUGGGUUCGUUCAAUGUGUACAUGAGGGAUUUUCAUUUAGCAAAUUUAUUGGACCUGUGAGUGGACAAGUUCACAGAGUUGAUGUUCCAGCCUCAAAUUAUCAUCAUGGCCAUCAUCAACGGGAUCAUUCUGGAUUAAAUAGUGUGGAUUUUAUUGCUAAACCCGAUUAUAAAUACGCGUAUGGUGUUGAGGAUCCGCAUACUGGUAACCAACAAACACAUCAAGAAUCUAGAGAUGGCGAUGCAGUUAGUGGUGAGUACAGUGUUGUCCAGCCAGAUGGAGUUGUCCGCACUGUUAAAUAUAUCGCAGAUAGUAUAAAUGGUUUUCGUGCGUCUGUUUAUUAUAACGGACAAUUGGCUGAAUAA